AUGGACGACCAAUCAGCACAAGGGCCUGUGUACCUAGAUCCGGAAUACAGAUCCAUGAACCCACGAUACGGCAAAAACAACGAGCAGCCCGUCUGGGGAUUAGCUAAACCUCUUCCGCGUGUUGUGAGACCGGGGAUGCGUCGCGAUGAACACACCCAGCAGGAAACAUACGAUACCAAGCCUCGAGGAGAGGCGGAAGCUGCACCAGAACUCGGCGCAACACCUGGACUGUCUAACUCCCGUUCGAAUGCCACCAAUACGCCUGCCACACCUGCUACACCGACGCAACAUCCUCCCACUUAUGCAUCUGCGGCCCAGCAGGGAGCUCCAGUGGAACAUGCCGUAUAUGGAACCCAGCCCGAUGGCAUGUUGCGGCCAAUGGAAAGUGAAAUUGGUUCUGGCGGGGGAGCUAUGAAAGAGGCAGAAAUGGGGCAGUCGGAACAUGAGGAAUUCCUGAACAACUGGGUGAAAAUCCGAAAUUACUUGAAGGAACCGUUCGCAGAAUGGCUCGCAACCACAAUCGCUCUCUUCAUUGGCCUAACCGGAACCCUCGCAAUAUCCACAGGAGGAACAAAUGCCGGAACCAAGCUCUCAGAAAAUUGGUCCUGGGGACUUGGAUCGAUGGUCGACAUCUAUCUAGCUGGUGGUGUCUCCGGUGCCCAUCUCAAUCCAGGUAUAUCCAUCGCGCUUUGGAUAUUCCGUGGAUUUCCCGGUCGACGAUGCUGUUACUAUGUGAUAGCGCAAGUGCUUGGUGCAAUUACUGCAGCAGGAUUGGCAUACUGUAUCUAUCGCGAUUCAAUUGUCACUUUCGUACCAACUGCCUCUGCUGGUAGCUCCGGGCUUGGGUUUUAUACCGAGCCAAUGAAUCACAUCAGCUCUGCGACGGCAUUCUUCACUGAGUUCAUUGCUGAUGCGAUUCUUCUCUGUGUUAUCUUUGCAAUGGGUGAUGAUAGUAAUGCUCCACCUGGUGCUGGUAUGCAUUCUUUUGUCAUUGGUCUGGUUAUCUAUGUGCUUUGUAUUUGUUUGGGAUUUAAUACUGGAGGGUGUUUGAAUCCCGUGCGAGACUUUGGACCUCGUCUUGUUGCUCUUAUGGUCGGAUAUGGUGGUGAAACAUUUACUGCUCGUAAUGGCUGGUGGUUCUGGGGAGGUUGGGUGGCUACUAUUAGUGGCUGUCUUGUCGGCGCCGUUCUCUACGAUACGUUCAUCUUUAUUGGUGGCGAAUCUCCCAUCAACUACGCGCCCAGACGGCGCAUGAGAGCGAAGCUCAAGGAGGAAACUAAAUGGCGACAUAGACUUGGUAUUGGGAAAUGUAAAAUCCCCUCUUUAGAAGAGGGAAUUAAGAAAUUGGAAGACUGA